GCCUCAACCAUUAAUGCCCUCGCCGUUGCCUCUCUAUCCUCUCUCUCCUCUCUCUCCCUCCCUCCCUCCCUCCCACCGUUUCAAGUAUCACUCCCUCGUUCUAAAUCCAGAAAAUAGAAACGCAUCACCUUUCUCUCUCUUUCUCUCUCCCUCUCCACAUCUGGCCAUACCACCUCUCUCUCUAAACCUACAAGAUCUGCUUUCCGGAUUCCGUUUUAAUGCAUUUAAAUAAUAGCAACGAUGGAGAGGUUCCGGGCAAAGAGGUCAAAGAUUGCGGCCCCCACUGAUCGGACGGCCUCCGCCAUGAAAGAAGGAAACAGGCAGAUCCGAAAUCAGAGAAAUUUUCCAAAAUUGGCCUCUGAUUUGAGUUCUUGCACUAGUGGUUCUACAGAAGAAGAUUCGUUCACGAUUGAGUUGGGACCAAGCUCUUCAAAACAAGCAAUUGGAACCCCGAUGAAGAAGUUGUUAGCUAAAGAGAUGUCAAAAGAAGCUGAACCUAAAAAAAGAUCACCGAGUGUUAUUGCCAGAUUGAUGGGUCUUGAUGGACUGCCACCACAGCAGUCCAUUCAUAAACAACAAAAGAAGUUAAUGGAAAAUCAUCAACAGAGGACAGAGACAGUAGAAAGAGCUGAAGGUGGUGGCACAUUUUAUGGCCCCCAAUUGCAUAGGAAGAAGAAUUCAAAGGAGCAGGAGGAAUUUAAGGAUGUGUUUGAAGAUGUAGUAGCACCAAAAGGGGAAAGCGAUUGUUACCAAGUGGAAGGGCAAGGAGCUACCAAUUCAAAGCUCACUGAGGCCGAGAAGGCAUUCAUUCGGCAGAAGUUCAUGGAUGCAAAGCGUCUUUCUACUGAUGAAAAGCUUCAGGAUUCUCAGGAAUUCCAUGAUGCACUUGAAGUACUGGACUCAAAUAAGGACCUUUUGCUGAAAUUUCUUCAGGAGCCAGAUUCCUUAUUCACAAAGCAUCUGCAGGAUCUGCAAGGUGUGCCUCCUCAGCCCCAUUGCCGUCGUAUAACAGUUAGUAAGUCAUCAAAUUCUCCCAAGUAUGAAAACAAUGCAACAGGAUGGAAAUCCAAGAGAGGAACUUCACGGAAGAAUGAUAUUAGCUCUCCUCAAAAACAUCAUGAUGAUCAUUUCAGUCACUCUUAUGGUAAACAUGAUGCUCAUAAAGCUCUUCACCCAUCAAGAAUUCAAUUUGAAGGGAGGGAUGAGACAUCUGUACUGCCCACAAGGAUUGUUGUUUUGAAGCCGAAUCUUGGGAAGGUGCUGAGCAGUUCUAAAUCUAUUUCAUCACCCCGAUCUUCUUAUGAUUUUCUUUCAGAUUGUGGGAAGCAUACUGGAUCCAUGAGUAUCAGGAAUAAGGAGGCUGAAUUGCAGGGAUCUAAUGAGAUGGGGUUCUCAAGGCACAAGUCUAGAGAAUCUAGAGAAAUUGCAAAAGAAGUCACUAGGAGAAUGAGAAAUAGUAUUACCAAUGGUUCCAUGAAUUUUUCAUCUGCUGGGUUUCGAGGCUAUGCUGGGGAUGAGAGCUCAUGUAUGUCUGGAAAUGAUUCCUUGAGUGAACCAGAAGAGACUGUGCUCAUUUCAAGAAACUCAUUUGACCGGAGUAGCAGAUACAGGGCUUCAUCAUCCCAUUCCACGGAGUCUUCUGUAAGCAGGGAAGCCAGAAAGAGACUCUCUGAGAGGUGGAAGAUGACUCGUAGGUUUCAAGAAGUGGGAGCAGUAAACAGGGGCAGCACGUUAGCCGAAAUGCUUGCUAUUUCUGAUAAGGAAGUGAGGUCUGAGAAUUUGGAUUCCAUGAUUGGUCAAGGUGGAUGCAGCAAUAGUUUUUCUAGAAAUGAUGGAACCUCAGAGUGGGCUAGUCCUUUGGGUAUCAGCAGUAUGGAUGGGUGGAAGGAUGGAUGUGGCAGGCAUUUAUCAAGAUCAAGAUCUCUUCCUGCUUCAUCUGAUGUCUUUGGAAGUCCUAAGGCAAGCAUGCACCAUGAAACUCAGGGUGAUGGCUGGUAUCUGAUGUCAAAAGAAGUCAUGAACCGGGGAAGAAACAGGACAAUAAGGGGGAGUAUCGGUCCAAAGGAAAGUCUAUCCUCCAGAAACUUAAAAUGUAGUAGUAAGAAAUCUCAGUCCUCUCGGGACAAAAGUAGGGAGCAUAACGACACGUUACAGGAAAUUUAUUUCAACCACAAUGAAAUGAAGGGCAACCUUGACGAGAAAGGUCCAUCUGAAGAAAAGCCUAUGAUUUCUGAGACAUCGGCUUAUAAUGCCACUGAUACAAAUUUAGUUGUUGAUACAAUAGUGGAUGAACAAGAGAACAUGGCCAUGUCUUCUGAGUCCCCUGACGAGUCGCUCCGAGAAUUAUCAACAUGUAUUUUUGUGGAAAAUAAUUCUUCAACCCAUGGCCUUGAUGAUUCGGUUCCACAGGAACCAUCAAAUGGAUCAUCUGAGGGAAGUUCAGUUCCUUUGCUGGGCUCAGUGCCUGAACCAGAAUCUCCAUCAAGCUCCAAGGAGGCUGAACAGCCUAGCCCAGUUUCUGUUCUGGAAACUACCUUUCCAGAAGAUUUAUCAUCUGGUUCUGAAUGCUUUGAGAGAGUCAGUGCUGACCUCCAAGGGCUUCGAAUGCAACUUCAGCUUCUCAAGUUGGAGACAGAUGCUUAUGCAGAAGGAUCCAUGGUUAUCUCGAGUGAUGAAGAUGCUGGAGUUUCAGAAGAGAUGGGAAUAUUUAGAGCUGAGGAUAGCUGGGAAUCUUCCUACAUAGCUAAUGUUCUAGUUGACUCCGGCUACAGUGAUAGUGACCCUGAGAUGUUUGUGGCAGGAUGGGAGUCCUCCGAAUGCCCUUUGAGUCCCAUGAUCUUUGAAAAACUUGAAAAGCUGUAUAGUGACCAUACAACUGGAUUGAAGUCGGAAAGGAGGCUAGUGUUUGAUCGAAUAAAUUCAGUACUCAUGGAAGUUUUCCAGCCGUUUGUAGACCCUCACCCGUGGGUGAAGAUAGGGUCGAGUGUUCAUUCCAGAUGGCGCAAGGACAGGCUCAACGAAGAAAUAUAUAAGUUGCUGGCAAGGCAGGAGAAGAAGGCGAAUGAUGCCACAUUGGAGAAGGAGCUGGAGAGGGAAUCAGAGUGGCUGAAUUUAGGAGUGGAUGUGAAUGCAAUUGGUAUGGAAAUAGAGAGGCUGGUGAUGGAUGAGCUAGUGGAUGAAGUUGUGUCCAUGUAGAGAUUUUGAACCAAAGCUGUUUUUGGUUCUCUAGGCAGUUCACAUAUACACAUAUGAAUUGAUGUAACGAUCAGUUCUGGUAAAGCGUAUAAAUAAAAUGAUCGAAAUCGACAUGCUAGAGAAAAAUUUGAAAAAUGAAA